CCCUUUCCUCUCUCUCUCUCUCUCUUCUAAUUUUUAUUUUAUUUUAUAUAUAAAUGGAGAACACGAAUUCACCUGUUCUUUGCACAGCAGGAUGUGGAUUCUUUGGUACAGCAUCAUUUAAUAACAUGUGCUCGAAAUGUUACAAAGCAAAAGCAUCCGAUGCUACCCUCGCCACCACCACCAAUAGCAGUAGUAGUAGUACGAUAUCGGAAAAGAAAGAUUUACCAACAAAUAACAAUAGCAGUAGCAGUAGUACGACACCAAUGACCACAGGGACAGAGGUAGAGAACAGUGCAUUAAGAAAGCGUAGUGCAUCACCCGAUAAUGAAGAUCCCUCACCUUCCUCAUCUUUAAUACCGGUUUCAAAUACAACAGUACCAACAGCAGUAGCGGCAGUGACACCGUCUAAAACAGAAGAGACAACAUCGCUACCGGAAAAACCAGUGCAGAUGAAUAAAGGAAGAUGUUUUCAAUGUCGAUUAAAGGUGCCUUUGGCUAAACAAGCAGCGAAUAAAUGUCGAUGUGGGUAUGUUUUUUGUGAUCGUCAUCGGUAUCCCGAUAGACAUGAUUGUGAUGUGGAUUUUCUCAAACGAGACAGAGAAAUCCUUGCAAAGAAUAACCCAAAGUUGCAUGAGAGGCCAAGAGGUGGAAGAUCUUUUCAACGUAUUGAUAGUCUAUGAACAAAUAAAAAAACAAAAUAGCCUUCUUUUCCAUCAUGUUUUAUAUAGCUUCCUUUGUACAUGUAUGUGUGUGUGUGUAUAGGGAGCAUACAAUCCCGUUUGCAAGUGAUUUCAUCAUUGUCAAGGGGGUAAAGGAUGCUAUUACAUGGAAUAGCUUUCAAAAAAUAAAAAUCGUAGCAAAUUUUACAUCUGUUUCUUGAGUGCGCU